AUGGUUAGAAAACAAUUGUUGGAUAACAGAUGGGUUGUUCUUUAUAAUCUAUAUCUCUUGACAAGAUAUGACUGUCACAUUAAUGUUGAGAUAUGUUCUGGACUAAAGGCAGUAAAGUAUCUAUACAAGUAUGUUUAUAAAAGACAUGAUCGUGUUGUAGUUUUCGUAUCACAUAAUACUGAGAAAUAUUUAAUGGAUGAAAUCAAGCACUAUCGGGAUGCAAAAUGGGUAUCUGCACAAGAAGCAAUGUGGAGAAUAAUUGAAUUCAACUUAAAUGAGAUGUUCCCAUAUGUAAUUAAUCUACAAUUGCAUCUACCAAAUAAGCAAAUGACAUGGCAUUGGAAAAAUCAAAACUUGAAAAAUGUUGUUCAAUCAGAUAAUACAUCUAGAACAAUGUUAACUGAGUUCUUCAGAAUAAAUUCAAUUUUUUCAGAGACGAGAAAAUAUCUUUACAGAGAAUUCCCAGAGCAUUAUGUGUGGAACAAUCAAGUGAAUUCAAAUAAGAGUGAUAUCUUUUUCAUUGAUGGUCUAGGAGGUACAGGGAAGACAUAUGUAUAUCGUGCCCUACUUGCAACGAUAAGAUCAAAUAAUGAAAUUGCUCUUGCAACAGCAACAUCAAGAGUUGCAGCUGCAAUAACGGAAAUUCUGAGUCAUUUGGAGGUAAUGUUGGGGUAUUCGGAGGAAAUUUCAGACAGUGAAUUUCUGUUACAAGUUGGAAAUGAAAAAGAGCCAACUGAAGCUGAAGAUUUGAUAAAAAUACCUGAUAAGAUGGUUAUUACAAUGAAAAAUGAAGGUGAUGGUGAGGAUCAAUUGAUAAAUGAAAUAUUCAAUGAAUUACAACAUCAUGGUCAUUCGGCAAAAUAUAUAACAGCAAAAGCAAUAUUGACAACUAAGAAUGAAAUAGUUGAUAAAUUAAACGAGAAGCUAAUUAAUUUAUUCCCUAGAGAAAGUGUUACAUACUGCAGUUUCGAUUUAGCAACUGAUGAUGCAGAUACACAGUAUCCAGAAGAAUUUCUCAAUUCAUUGGCACCAAAUGGAUUACUACCUCACAAAUUGAUUUUGAAGAAGAAUUGUCCAGUGAUGCUAUUAAGAAAUUUGAAUCCAACAUAA